GAAACCCUGACCGACGCCUGACUUCGAGGCUGCUCCUUCCUGGCGGUGGCCGCCGCCUCCUCCUCCUGCUGCCCCGCCUUCUCCUCCCUCUCCGGCCGCCUCCUCCCUCCUUCGUCCGCCUCCUCCCUCUCCACCCGUUUCAUGGAGCCGUCGCGUCCUCCCUUCUCUUUCGCCGCCUCCUCGUCCAUCCGCAUCAUGGAGCCACCGUUGCUCCAAGAAAGUGAGCAGCCGCAGCCUUGCCCUCCUUCGGCCGCAAACUCCCUCCGUCCAAUCCCGUCCGAAGGGCGCCGCCUCGUGGAGCUGCCGCUGCCAUCCAUGGAUGCCGUCGAGGAGGAGACGAUGAAUGUGGAGCAGCAGGUUGCUCCCACCGACGAACACCAGACGGUCCAGACCACACCUGAGGGUGAGGGAUGUGUUCAGCUCCCCCAAAUAUCCAAAAAAAGAUUGAGGAAAGAAGAGAAAGCAAAGAAUCUGGAAGAGAAGAGGAGGAAGAAACAGCAGGAGAAGAGGAGAAAGUUGGAAGAUAAGAAGGAGAAGGAGAAAAAGUUGCAGCAAAAGAAGAACAAGGAUGGUACUUCUCCUUCAGCUAUGCAUUGCAGCAAGGAAGUUAGGUCCCCAAUAUGUAGGUCUCCAGGGGUGAAUAUGAUUAGAGCAUUAAAAAGGAGAAAUUCAGCGGCAUUAGGUAGAAGAUCCAACAAAAGUUCCAGUUCUCAUAUAUUGGAUGAAACACCUAAAGCUCAGCAAAAUCCUUGUCUCCAAUAUAUGAGACAACCUGUUUGGAAGCCAUGCGCACGCCUCGAGGUCAUGUACGCCCAGCAUCCUUCCCAGCAGAUAAAUCCCAGCAAAUGAGUGCGAUGGUUCUUGAAACAAUCACAAAAAGAAUAAGAGCAUCAAAGCAUACUGAGGGGAGCAGCAAACCUCUACAUGUUGACAUCAACACAAAAUCGACAAUUUCCAGCCUAAGCCAGAAGCAUGACUACCGAAGAAACUAAGCAACGAAAGGAAACGAAAGGGUUUAGAAAAUAUACACUGACACACAAACGGAUAUGUAGGCACGGGCUGCAUAUUUUAAAGAACGAACGUAAUGGCACAGCUAUGCAAACAGACUAAAUUUUGUGUCGAGAUGCAUGCACAACUUCACCGAUAGCAAUCAGUUUUCACAGUAAUACAUGUGCAGCUUAGUAAACAGCAAUCCAAGAAUCAGCAACUGCAUCACACCAAGAAGCACAGAUAAAAAAUCAGGCCGGACAACAAGACUGCUUUACCUAAAAUCCAAUCAAGAAAUCUCCAAAAUGCUCACUCAUGAAUCCCUUGGGACUGUUUUCCGUGUCAGAUCUUAUAUGAUUCAGUUCCCGAAUUCAGCCCCCGCAUAUCCCGUCCAUUUUAACAAUCCAACCUGAGGGUUGAUAUUCUAGAAGACAUACAAAGAUCCAAGAAAUCGCGGGCAUCAAAUUAAUGGAGAGGGGAGAAGGGGCACUCGUCUCAAUCGCCGCUCCGUUCUUGAAUCCGCGGAGGAUUGAACUGGAGCAUGCAUAUGCGCUGGUGGGCGCGGUGGCGCGGUGGGAAAGACACCCCCAAGAAACGGUAUCAAAUGAAAUAUCAGAAGAAGCGAAAUCAAAGAAUCACGCGAGGAAUAAUCUGUUUCCCUUGAUCUUCGUGAGCAUACGAGGAGGCCCAGUAUUGCGCAAAAAAUGGGGAGGCAAGGGAGAAGAGGCGGGAGCAGAAGUUCUUGAUCACCGGGAGUUACCAGGACGCAGUCGAUGAGGUUAUUGGCUUGGUGGGGGCGAGGUGGUAGGUGUAAACAGCUCGGUUGUCCGCCUUCUACAAGAAUUGCUCGCGUGUCCAGCCGCCGUUUCCGGAGAAUCAAGAAGUUCGCCGAUAAUGAAAAAUCGGGCUGGUUGCUUUCUGGGAGCAAAGACGAGGGAGGAGCUGCGUCUAUGGAUGGCACCCGCCGGGUUCGGGUCCGGAUGUGCCGGCCAGAUCCAUGGUGUUGGGGACACGCGGUCACCUCGCCGUCUUCUUCUUCGUCCAGACUGGAGACCUCUUCCACGGGCUGACAGGCACGCGCCAAAUCGAAGGGCGCCGGCGAGCUCGAGGAGACGGUGAAGGAGGGAAGCCCUCGGUGAUGGGGAAACGCGGCUUGGGACAAAAGGAAUCGGGGCGAUGGGGAAAGGCAACGCUCGGCCUUGACUUCAGGACGAGGAACGACCGAACGAAGGGAUUAGGUCGCUCCGACUGGGCCUUUGGCUGGUCCAAUCAGUUGAAAGCCGUAGGAUAGGCCGGAUAAUGUUGCUCCGACUGGGCCGUAUGUUCUGGGCCGGUAGUAGUUAUAUAGAGAAACCUUAUUAUUACCUGAAUGUCCUUAAUGCUAACAUGCUGGAGUUUAUCCUCCGGUCUCAAUACGUGAAUUUUUUUUCCCUCUGAAAGUAGCAUGAAUGGAAUAUUUGUGACAUAUCAUUUUUGGUGAUACUUGUGGCACUCUAUACAGUGUUCACAUAAUCACAUUCCAUCAUGAUACAUUAGAGCAAGCCAUUACUGUAUUGAGACAAUUUUUGGAUUCCUAAUUUCGUUUUCUGAAUGGGGUUGCCUGUAAUGCUGAGUUACCGAGGGUAUUAAAUAAAACGAGACAAGAAUUUAAGCUUCAUGUUUGCUUGAGCUGUUCAAGUUCUGACCAACCCAUAUGGGAUUUUAUCUAAUUCAAUUUUCAUGAACGCGUGUGCUUGCAUCGUCAGACCAUAACAACUAUAUAUUAAAUGCCUGAGUGAAGAAAAUAGCACUUCCUCCGUCCCAUAUUAAGUGACUUUCUAUUACACGUAUCUAUACGUUUCUUAGGGAUAGAUACAUCCACGUUUGAAUGAAUUCGAGUCACUUAAAUAUUGGACCGAGGGAGUAAUAAAAGUAAUUUACCAAAAUGAAUAUGAGAUUUUAGAACGUGCGUGCCGCAUGUACACUUACUAGUGAGCAUAAAAAACAUGUCAUAUAGCAGCAGUAGUGAUUUGAUAUAUAAAUGCUAACCCUCUCAUGUGAGUUCCAUUUUUCAAAUUCUUCUCAACACUACACUUACUAGUGAGCAUAAAAAACAUGUCAUAUAGCAGCAGUAGUGAUUUGAUAUAUAAAUGCUAACCCUCUCAUGUGAGUUCCAUUUUUCAAAUUCUUCUCAACACCACCAACCAUCGGUAGUACAAUUGCUUUCUUUAUCGAGAGACGACCAUAAAUAGAUGGGGCAAAGGAAUUCCCAAGCAAGUCAAAUGUGACAUUUCUCCUAGAUAUUUCUUUCAUCCGUUUCUUCCCGAGCAUAGACAGGUGCGUUUACCUCUUUGUUCAUAAGUGAAAUAUUAUUCACAAUAAGGACAGUUCUGUAGGCAUUAGUUGUCUGUGUACGUUUAGUGGGAUGGGCGUUAGAAAGAACAAGUUGGCGCAUUUAUAAGUAGUAGAUAUAUAUCUUUCAUGUGCCGAGAUAUAACUCAAAAAUCCAACAUGUAAAUAAAAGUGGUAUCAUAAAAAUAUUUUGAUCAUAAUCAUAUUUAGCAACUCACAUGGUCUUACAAAAACAAUGACUUGCAAUCAUGUCUGACAGCUCAUGCAUGCAAUAUAUAUAGAGAGGAGGAGGUUUGUGCAUAGCUACUUCCACGAACCGUGGCCUUGAUGGAGACUACUCGCGCAUCAUUCGAAGAUCAGGGAUCAUCUUCAUCGCCAUGGUGGAGUGAACUAAAUCAAAAAUUAGAUAUAAAUCAGCAUCCUAAAAAAGUGUAACAUGAGGUUUUAUUCUUUUUAAUGAUGCUCUAGUGUCGGAAUCCUAAAGACUUAUAAAAUGGA